AGCGUAGCUUCGGCUGUAGAGUAAAAGCGACUGUGCCUCUUUGACAAUAACUCUCCUGUAGUUUUGUUUUUUCCUGAUUAUUCUCAGCGCUGUGCGAAUGACAGUCUUGGAGGGACAGACGCGUAUUUCAUGUAGAGUUAAUCAUCGAAGAAGCGGCUCCAUGGAGGUCUCAGACAGCCCGCUGAACCUCGCUCAUCAGCAGUGCAGGAAGGCAGAGCGUUUGGUAGCUGCUGGAAAGUAUGAAGAGGCCAUCUCCUGCCAUGGAAAAGCAGCAGAUCUUCUGACUGAGGCCAUGAAGACCACAGAGUACGAGCAGGCCCGUCUGUCCAUGGAGCUGCAGAGAGACAGCCAUAUCAAACAGCAGAGACUGAUCCAGGAGCGCUGGAAGAGAGAAGCUCGGCGUGAGGCGACGAAGGCCCGACCUGACCUGGUCCGGUCACCGAGUGGCCAGCGGCUCCAAACCAAGCCUCUGUACUCGGGCCAGUCCCAGGGCCUCAGUGGGCCUUCAGCCGAAGUAUGUGGACGAGUCGGGGAGAGAGAGUACGACACGCUCCUCUACCAGUUCCAGAUACGGCAGACUGGAAGCUGCCAGCCUUCGACUACCCCGUGUUCUGGCUCUAAGACCACCAAAGAUGACAAAACCCGGCUGGAGGAGCAGCAGACCACCAUCGAGGACCUGCGUCGCCUGGUGGACCACCUGAUGAACGAAAACCAGCGGCUGAUGACCGAGAACCAGCGGCUGUGUCUUGAGAACGCUCGGCUGCAGUCGGAGGCGGCGGACUUCGUGGAGCGUUCAGAGCUUUGGGUGCUCCCACAGGCAGCCAGCACCAUGGCAACGGGAAGCGGGCGAGAAGGGAAGAGCACCGGGAAGGGAAAGGAAAUCGCCAUCCCUCAGCUGCCGCCGCUGGAGAUGCCCGCUCAGGAGGAUCUGUGUCUGGAUGACCUGCCUCCUUUGGAGCUGCCAGAAGACAUCCAGAAUGAACUGCAGAAGAUCCUGGACACAGACUAACUGUGAUGGACACACACACAAACACACACACACACACACACACCCCACCCCACAUACACACCACCAUAAGUUCAGGAGAUUAAAUGAUUGACAGCCGAGUUCUGAUGGGAGAGGAGCCGGUCCACCAGCCAGCUCGGAUCCACGGUUGACAUCAGAUCUGGUAGAUCAGCUCAAACUUCAACCAACAGGACGGGUGAAGAUGGAAGAGUCAGGACAUCAGCAUCAACAUUAAAACUACCUGUGGUACCCAGCAGGAACAUCAGGUUCUUCAGGCCCCCCUCCAUCCCUCAAAUCAAACCAUAAUGGUGUCAGGCAUCUGUGAUGCUUCCAUUUGUGUUUGUGCUGUUUUGUUAGAAAGGUUUAGGUUAGAUAAUAAAAGCUCAUCCACCACCACCACUAACCUAAAUCAGACUAAACUAAUCAGUUGUGCUGUUAAAAUGUUUACCAGUUUUACCUGAUGUGGCUUAUCUCAUUGAUCAGAGGUGGGUGGACGUCCUCCAGGACUGAGAAAUAAUCAGAAGAUUUUACUUUAACAUGAAUGUUUGGAGCUAAAGUUGUUCAAUAAAUUCAGUUUUCAGAUAAUAAAACGAGGACUGACAAAGAGGAUUAACCCUUAACACUCCAAACCAUUUCCUGCUAUUUUUGUUCUGCCUGUUGUUUUUUUUUUUUGAUUGUUUAUUUUUCUUUUUAAUAAAUAAAUUCCUCUAGCAGCUGGAGCUUUUAA